AUUAUUUCGCAAAAUUUUGUUGAAAACAAUUAGACCAAAAAGCAUGUAAUUUUUGCUUUUUUUGAAGAGUUGAAGUUAAUAAUUAAUUAAUAGAAAUAUUUUGUAUUUGGCGCCUAAACACUAUGUGGCAACACCGGCCUCAAAUGUCAAUUGCAGGUUAGGAUUUUCAAAUUUUGAGGUAAGAAAGCAGUUCCAAGAACUAGCACCAUGUCGAAGCCCUCCACGUCUCGCGAGCGCAUCAUCCCCAUCACCAUGGAGGUGGACUCGCCCCCGCGAGUCAUGUCUCCAGGCCCCCCAAAACGCACCCUCCCGAUGGUCAAUUGCCAGGAGAAGAUCAUCCUUGUGGUGGAUAGCGCCGAAGACGACAGUUUCACCCCCUUCAAGCCCCCCAAUUCCGAACCGAGUAAACCCUUCGAAAUGUUAAAACGAGCCGUCGACAUGUUCCUCCACCGCAAGAGUUUAAUAAACAAAAAACACGAAUUUGCUUUGGCGAUUUUGAACGAAAACAGUGUUGUGUGGCUUGUGGACUUCACUAGUAACAUAAAUCAGAUCAUGAAGGCGUUGCAACGUGUUGAAGCGUGCAAGACUGAGGACAUUUUUUACUUAAAUUCGUUGUUUGAUGUUGUUUUGCAAAAAGUUGCGGUUCCGGAAAUAACAACAGUGGAUGAGACGGUAAUUCCGCCCCAAUACACCGUGCGAAUGGUGUUGUUUUACGGCCGGUCUUACACAAYCCCGAAAGUUGUUAAUAGUCCGGAAAUUGAGGCYUUUUUGGAGUUGGCCUAUUUCACACUAGAUGUCUUGAUUACGCAUGAGGUUGUUGAUGAUAACAAUAAUUGCAACAAAAUUUUUGCGAUUUUGCAAAAUUUGGAUAAGAAAGGUUUUGCGAAUUUUUUCUCGGUUGGAAGAGAUGUGGAUGUGUUGUUUGUUGCAAUUGCCAGGUUACUAGGGCAUCCCUUGCAACGCCCCAUUCAAAAACUGGCCAAUUUUUCACUCAUCAAAGAUGAUGAGUGAGGAAUUUUUUUCAGUAUUGUAUAUUUUGUAUGAAAUAAAUGUUUUUUCUUAUUCUUAA